UUCCAAAAACAGAAAAAAGAAAAAAGAAAAAAGAAAACUCUCCUAAAAAAUAUCUACACCCUCGAAGGCUGAAACGGUGAAACCUCUUCUUUCUGUUUCUCAAAAUCUAGAAGAAAGUAGAGCAGUGAAGGCAUAAGCAUGAGCAUAGCUUCGCUAUCAUCAGUAUCAGUGGACAUGGCCACUACUUUCGUCUCUUUAACUUCCCAUCAUCCCACCAGAAUCCUCCGCUCCACUCUACUCCCUUUCUUACUCAAACCACAAAAAACCCAUCAAUCCCUCCUCAAAACUACUCUCUCCCUCCAACGCCGCCGCUUCUCUGUCUCCUCCAUCGACACGACCUCCUCUGCCCCUCAGACCGACGAUUCCGGUUUAACCACCAAGAUUCCUUCCGAUAAUCGCAUUUCUGCCACCAUUAUCACCGGUGUUUUGGGCUCUGGCAAGACAACAUUGCUCAAUCAUAUUUUGACUGCCGACCAUGGGAAGCGCAUAGCAGUUAUUGAGAAUGAGUAUGGUGAAGUUGACAUUGAUGGGUCUCUUGUUGCUGCAAAAACAGCUGGGGCUGAGGACAUUAUAAUGCUGAACAACGGUUGUUUAUGCUGUACUGUAAGGGGUGAUCUUGUCAGGAUGAUUUCAGAUUUGGUUAACAAGAAGAAAGGAAAAUUUGAUCAUAUUGUAAUUGAGACUACGGGGCUGGCAAAUCCAGCACCAAUCAUUCAAACUUUUUAUGCUGAAGACCAGGUUUUUAAUGAUGUCAAAUUGGACGGUGUUGUGACUUUAGUUGAUGCUAAACAUGCUCAUUUGCAUCUUGAUGAGGUUAAGCCAGAGGGAGUGGUGAACGAGGCAGUGGAGCAAAUUGCUUAUGCUGAUAGGGUUAUAGUAAAUAAGACUGAUCUUGUUGGUGAGCAAGAAAUUGCUUCUUUGGUGCAGCGGAUAAGGAACAUCAAUCGUAUGGCUAAUUUGAAGUGUACACAAUAUGGAAAAGUUGACUUGGAUUAUGUCCUUGGCAUUGGAGGCUUUGAUUUGGAGAGGAUUGAGAGUGCUGUCAAUGAUGAAGAUAGAAAGGAAGAUCAUGCCAGUCAUGAUCACAAUGACAACCACAGCCACAAUCAUGCUCAUGAUCAUGAUCACCAUCAUCAUCAUGAUGAACAUGACCACAAUCACAAUCAUCAUGAUGGUCAUCAUUCCCAUGACCACACUCAUGAUCCUGGUGUUUCUUCUGUCAGCAUAGUCUGUGAAGGGAGCCUAGAUUUAGAAAAGGCCAACUUCUGGCUUGGUACUUUAUUGAUGGAGCGUAGUGAGGACAUAUACCGAAUGAAAGGUCUAUUAUCUGUUCAGGGGAUGAACGAGAGAUUUGUAUUCCAGGGUGUUCAUGACAUAUUCGAAGGUUCACCUGAUCGGUUAUGGGGCCCUGAGGAACCCAGAAUGAACAAGAUUGUGUUCAUAGGGAAGAACUUGGAUGCUCAGGAAUUAAAGAAAGGCUUUAAAGCCUGUUUACUGUAAAAUUUAAAACAAUUAAGAUAUUUACUUAAUAUAUCUUCAUCUUGUAUUCUUGAUGAGCGAACCAUAAUGUACACAAUUGUUUUGACUUUCAUUGGGCAAUAAUAUCAAUAAAUAUUCAAGUAAAAAGAUCA